AUGCCGGCAAACCACCGCCAACCGCCAUCGCCGGCGCCUCCGUCUCCCAAUACCAAGGCCACUGCGAGGUACACCAACAAAGAUGGCUCCAAGAUCAUCACUGUCCCCAAAGGGCCCCCCUCCACCGAGCCCUCGUUGCCCUCCACUCCGACCUCCUCUGCGAAGGCUCCCACCCUGCAAACGCUCGCCACCAACGGCGCCGAUGCACCCGCGCCAGUCGUCAAUCGCAAGAAACAGAAGCGUCGCGAAAAGGCCGCCGCGAGAGCUGCCGCUGAGCAAGCUGCCGUCCCCAUCAAAACCCCGAAUGGACGCCCCAGUCCCGCACCUAGCGCCCCGGCGCCCAAACCCCAAGCUGCCCAAGAUGACGCCGACCAGGAUUUCAGCGAUGACGAAGCCGACGAUGCCCCUUCCCCGGAUCACCAUCUCUUCGAGGACCACUUCGCCUCCAGCAAGUCCAAAAAGUCCAAGAAGAAAAAGAAGAAGAACGGAAAGAACCCCCAGCUGGGCAACUCCCAAUACGACAAUGUGCCGCACCCCCACUCGCCGUCAACCCCUCGCGGACCCGGGAUUUCCAAGGACAAGAUCUGGAACACCAGUUCGCAGGAGGAGCGGGAACGGAUCAAGGAGUUUUGGCUGGGGCUCGGCGAGGAUGAGCGCAAGUCGUUGGUCAAGGUCGAGAAAGAUGCCGUCCUCAAAAAGAUGAAGGAGCAGCAGAAGCACACGUGCAGCUGCACGGUCUGUGGCCGAAAGCGCACCGCCAUCGAGGAGGAGUUGGAGGGGCUCUACGACGCCUAUUACGAGGAACUAGAGAACUUCGCUCACCAAGGGGAGGGCCCGCCGCUGCUCGGCCGGGCAGGCAUCAGUCUGCCCUUGCGUCCGCCGCGAACGCUGGGAAAAGUCUACGUAGAGCAACAACCGCCUUCACACGGUCGAAUAGUCGAACACGUCGGCGACGACGAGGACGAGGACGACCUCGGAGAAGAGGAAGACGUGUACAGCGAUCAGGACGAGGAUCUCGAGGAUGACGAGUACGACAGCGAAGAGGACCCGUCAGAAGAUGCUCACGACCUUCACCCUCACGAUCACCCCCACGAUCGAGACAUGGCGGAUUUCUUGACGUUUGGGAACAGCCUGCAAGUCAAGGGUAUGAAGCUUCUGGACUCUCUACUCUGCAGAUAUGGUAACAUGGACUUAGGCGGCAUACUCACCGUUGCGGAUGACCUCCUCAAGAACGACGGCAAACGCUUCAUUGAGAUGAUGGAGCAACUCGCCGAGCGUCGCAUGGCCCGAGAAGAGGACGCCAAGGAGCAACAUUUUUCUCGCUAUGGCCACCCUCCCAACGGCUCUUAUUCGAAUCAUGGCCAUUCUCCUCCCGAAGACGAAUAUGACGACGAAGACGAGGAGGAGGAUGAGGACUAUGACGACAGCCAAGAUGAUGAUUAUGAGGACGAAGAAGUGAGCUCCUCUCAAUACACAUAUGACCAUAAACACUCGAGUACUGAGCACAUUUGUUGUCAUCAUCAGGACACGAUGACCGAGGAGCAGCGCAUGGAAGAGGGCCGCCGCAUGUUCCAGAUCUUCGCCGCUCGCAUGUUCGAGCAGAGGGUCCUCACGGCGUACCGCGACAUGGUCUCCAGACAGCGCCAAGCAAAACUCAUCGAAGAGCUCGAGGAGGAGAACCGGCAAGACGCCCAGCGCAAGGCCAAGAAGGCCAAAGAGAAUCAGAAGCGCAAAGACAAGGCCGCAUUAAAGAAGAAGGAGCAGGCCGAGGAGAAGGCGCGCAAGGAGGCCGAGAAAGCCGCGGAGGAGGCUGCCCGACUCGAAGAGCAGAAGCGGAAAGCGGAAGAACAAAGGCUCAGGACCGAGGAGAAGCGUCGGAAGAAGGAGGAGCAGAAGCGAGCCGAAGAGGAGGAGCGCCUACGAAGAGAGGCCGAGCGGCAACGGCGCGCUCAAGAGCAAGAGAAGAAGCGCCUCGAGCAGGAGCGCAAAGCGCGCGAGCUCAAGGAGAAGCAGAAAGCCAAGGAAGCACGCGAGAAAGAGACGCGGGAGCAGAAGGAAAGGGAAGCCCGGGAACGGAAGGAAAAGCAGGAGCAAGCCAAACGAGACAAGGAUGCGAAGGCCAAGGCCGAACGAGAAGCCAAGGCUGAUAGGGAGAACAAGGAACGACUCAAGCAAGAUGAGAAGGCCCAGAAAGCUGCGGCUGUUGCUGCUGCCGCGGCCGCCCCGAUCCCGAUCCCGAAUCCUGGCCGGCGACCUUCGCAACACCCCGCUCCAAUCCCAACGCCGCAUUCGAACCCGGCGUCCUACGCAUCUCCGAAGAUAUCGGUCGCGACGCCAGCUCUGCCAAAGGCUCCUACGCCUAUACGCCCGAAGAAUGCGAAUCAGCCCCUGGAUGCGAGCGUGCCUGGGUCGCACGCCUCCAGUUCUACCAGUCAGAAUCCAUCACCACACCCUGCGACACCGGGCCACACAAGUCCUGCGCCAUUCGGGUCGAGAAAAGAGAGUGUGGCGACCACAGCUUCGCUACCGCACCCCCAAUCCGUAUCACCGUCAACAAUCAAGGGUCCUCUCGGGUCGCAACCGUCCCCGUUCGGUAUGCCCAUGGGCAUGCCGCCACCCGGCUUCGGAGGCCCGCCUCCGGGGCUAGGAAAUCGCAUGCACGACCAAAUGUUUGGUCUGCCUGGCGGUAUGCCCGGUUUCAGGCCUCCGCCGGGCAUGAUGCCUGGCCCUCCCGGCCUUAACGGACCGGUUGGACGCGGUUUCAUGCCGCAACCGCCGCCUGGGUUCGGACAGCCCAUGGUCGAUCCUCUGCAAGGCAUGGGAUCUGGCCCGGUAUCACAUUCUCGCCAGGCCUCCGGCAGCUUCGACCCAGCUUCAUCGCCAGCCCCGUCGCAACCCAUCGGAAGGCCAACGCCCAUUGGACGACCCGGCAGCGUGGGGCAUGGACAGCUGAACGACCAGACGGACGAGUUCGCGAACCAGCACCUGGGCAGCAGUGCGUUGUUGGAUGACGCAGAAGACCUGAACCCCAUCUCCGCAGCCUUCAACGCCGCCAGACAACGCAACCAACCCCCUCGGCCGGCUUUCCCCAGUACCCCGUUCGGUAUGGACAACGGGUUCCAUAACAUGAACAAUGUCUGGGGCUCGUCGCCGAUGGCGUUCGCUCCGGUUCCUCCCCCUGGAUUCGCAAACCCAACUUGGGGUGGUCCCAUGAUGCCGAUGCCGUCGCUCAACCAGAUCCGCAGCGCCGGUAACCCUAGGUCGGUUACGGUCCGUAUGAGACUAUGCCGCGCCUGCAAGGAACUACAAGCACUGAACGAGGACCCGGAGUCCUUUAUCGAUCUAUCGGCCGUCAAAGCCAAGGUGGACCACCUCAGCCCCUCAGAAGCGAUUCCGGAAGACGGUCUGAUGGAGCUCGCCGAGACCGAAGGCAACGCCCACAACGGUGGCGGCACGUUUGAGGUCCGCCGAGACGCGAACGGCCCAGGCAGACACACCGUUCGGUGGGUGCCCGAGCCCAACGACAUGUCCCAUCUGCACCACAGGGCGGUCGGCGCGCCGGGCGAAAUCGGAAGCCCCAUCAUCAACAGUGGAUCUCUAGCGUUUGCUACAUCUAGGGGACACUAG